CCUAGCACCUCAGUGGAAGAUGCUUCUCUUUAUACUGCUGCUUUACAUUAUUAUUUAUGCUGAGGGAAAAUGUGCAAAGAAUUAUUAUUACGAUGGACUUCUUGAGGAGUGUCAACAUUGCUCCAUUAGAUGCAACUCACCACCAAUAAUUUGCAAAACAUUUUGCACCUCAAUGCCAGAAAAUGAAGUUGAACAGAAUCAAAAUAUCCGUUUAAUUUUGAUCGUGUUUUUUGCGUUCCUGGGAGCUUUCACAGCACUGACCAUUAUUCUGCGAGUUAUACGCAGGAAAACCUGUAAGCCCAUCAUUAACAAAGUUAUAGGUCAAGAAAAAAAGACUGGCAGCGAAAGAGGCUCGAAUGUCACAGAGCAAUCUGAAGAUACAGAUGAAGCUACAACUGAUUUGCCUGAUGGACUGAACCAGCAUCACUACAACUCCAACCUGCCUCUUCCCUCCACUGAGGAAGGCACUACAUUGCUGGUUACCACAAAGACAGUUCAAGCUUACCAUUGUACACCUGUUAUAUAGAGAAGAGGUCACUGGAUCUUCCAGAACACUGCACAUCAUCUGGUGAAGGAUGAUCGCGAGCAUCGUCUCACCAUUACUCUGUCCAGACUGGAUAAAACUGUCAUGACUGCUGGAUGCACUAAUAAUGGACACAGGACUUGAACUUGAACACAGGAUGGUAUCUGACUCUCAGAAGUUAACAUCUCAGUGUUAUUUAGAUGUAAGAAUUAUCUGCAAUAAUAGAAUUGAUAAAAUAUAAGAAACAAUUUUCGAUACUUUGAACAAUACUUUCACCAACAGUUCACUCUUACACAUUUUUUUAUUAAUGCAAACCCAGUACACAUUUAUGCUGUAUCUUUGUUAGAUUAAAAUGUGUUACUUCACUUAUGAAGGCUUGCAGUUUUUAAAUAUACUUGCACGACAUUUAUGUAAUAAAUUCUUAAAAGGACAGUUCACCCA